CCGCAGCACAAUGGGUAGAAAAUUAAGACGUAGAUCAUUAUAGCUGUACAUCCGUAGCGACGUGGCCAAGCAAGCAUGGCGCAUGAGAAGCCAAUACCGCGUUUAAUAGCGAAGGUCGUUUGCAACGCGCAUGCAAUUUCCUUCACGCUCAUCAUUGCUGCCGUAUUGGGUGUCUUUGCCCUACCACUGCUUGACCGGCCCAUCCGCUUCGAGGAGAAGGGGCUUCUGCCUGGAUUCGCGCAUGCCACGAUAAGCGACUCCUUCAACGCCCUCCUCCCAGACGCCCUCCGCAUCGCCCGCUCCGCCGCCGCCCCCGCGGCCUUCCAGCGCCCCGGCGCCGCCGCCUCCCUCGCCUCCGCGCUCCGCCGCGCCGGCCUGCCCGCCACACAGCUCAGCCGCCCCACCGUCACCGCCCCCUCCGGCGCCACCCCCGGCUCUGCCCCCAGCCCCUGCCGCUGCGCCAACGUGCACACCGUGAUCCCCUCCCGGCGCGGCGAGGGGCUGGAGGCGCUGGCGCUGGUGACUCCCGUGGCCUUCUCCCCGCAGCGAGCCGACCCCGCACUGGAGGGACGCAACCAGAGCGCCGGGGGUGCGGAGCUGGGGCUGCUGGUGGGGGCGGCACUAGCACUGC